ACUCGAAUUCCACUCAGCUGUGAACCACUUUAAAGCUGCAACCAUGCCUCGCUCGUAUAUCGUGACCUGCAAAGACGGCGCCACCGACGCCGAGGUCGAGGCGGCCAAGCAGGCAGCCCGCGACCAGGGCGGCAAGAUCGGCCACGAGUACACAUUGAUCAAAGGCUUCCAGGUCACUUUCGACGAUGGCAUUGUCCAUACUCUGGAGAGCCACGACCACGUCAAGCACGUCGAGGAGGACUCGGUUGUUCAUACACAAUAGGGACACUGAUCAGUUGCAAAGAGGGGGAAUGCGGGGCACGCGAUAAGCUGGUUACGGGCACGCAGCAGCGAGUUGAUAACAACCUACUGUGGUACACUAGCUCACUGAAGCGACCCUGCUUGACUGGCAACGCCAACUGGCUUGCUGUUUAAUUGGACUAAGCUCAGUCCGUAUUUGGCAACAAUGAUCAGCGCUGAUUCCAAGGGCC